ACUAUCAAACGUAUUUGUAAUUUAAAAAACAAAAAGAAAAAGAAAAUGUAAAAUUGCUAAAUCUCCGUAACCUGAGCGUCACGAAUGUCCAAACGCCACAUUUGGGGCUCGCGUUGUAACCCGCGUGUGUUUUUUCGGUGAUCGACUAGGCGUCACGCUUCCUUCUUUCCCUUCCCAACAUUGUAAUUUCUUCAUUCUCUCUCCUCUCUUCAUUUCAUCUCACCUUUCUUCUCUCUCUUUCUCCAUUGCUGCAAUAAUGGUCAACGGUCCUGGCCUUUUCUCCGACAUCGGCAAGCGUGCCAAAGAUUUUCUCACGAAGGAUUAUGUCUCAGAUCAGAAAUUCUCCAUUUCGUCAUGUAGCGAAACUGGUGUGGCUUUUACUUCAACUGCUGUGAAGAAAGGAGGGCUGUCAUCUGGAGAUGUGGCUGCCUUGUACAAGUACAAGAACGCCAUAAUUGAUGUCAAGCUUGACACACAGUCAAAUAUCUCCACAACAUUUACAAUUGCUGACAUUGUCCCAUCGACAAAGGCUAUUGCUUCAUUCAAGAUACCGGAUUAUUCCUCUGGCAAGCUGGAGGUUCAAUACUUCCAUAACCAUGCAACCUUUACAACAGCGCUUGCUUUGAGCAAAAAUCCUGUUGUUGAUGUUACAGCAACACUUGGUACCCCAACCAUUAACUUUGGUGUAGAAGCAGGUUAUGACACCACUUCUGGUAACUUUACCAAAUAUACUGCUGGUGUUAAUCUUUCAAAGCCAGAGUCAUGUGCUUCAAUUCUUCUGGGUGACAAGGGAGAUACAGUUAAGGCAUCAUAUUUACAUCAUUUGGAUCAGGUGAGGAAAAGUGCUGCUGUUGCUGAAUUUAGCAGAAGAUUUUCUACAAAUGAGAAUACGUUCACAGUUGGAGGACUAUAUGCAGUUGAUAAUCUGACAGUUGUUAAAGCGAAAUUGAACAACCAUGGAAAACUUGGAGCUGUCCUCCAGCAUGAGGUCAUUCCUAAAUCUGUGCUUAUCAUUGCAAGUGAAUUUGACACCAUGGCCUUGGACAAAACUCCAAGGUUUGGCUUGUCACUUGCUCUUAAGCCUUGAACAUAACCUGAUGUUUUUUACGGGAUAAUUUUCAUGAUUUCAUUUCCCCCCUGUGGCUCGAUUUAUUGGAGCUACCAACUAGUAAUUCUGCAUAUAUAUUCAAUAGGAGGUUCUCUCUGGCUGUGUAUCUGUUGCCAUCAUACUCUGUUGAUCAUUUUGCCAAUAGUGUCUUUCAGGUCUUUCUUACCUGCAGGGAGAUCUAUACUUGCAGAUAUUUCUCCUUUAGGUAGCAAAAUUUUUUUGUUGGAAGAAUUUUCAGUUGCUGAUCCUGUUCUGUACACGAAAUGGAUUUAGUUUUUGACUUGACUUCUUACUUUUCUCACGCAUUCUGCUUCUAAUUAUAUAUCAUUUAUUUGUUUGUA